UUGGCUAUAUUCCUCGUGUUGUAUAAUAUAACCUUGUAGCUUAUUUUAUUUAUUUAUUUAUUUAUUUUUGUGGUACACGGGCCUCCCACCGCCGUGGCCUCUCCCGUUGCGGAGCACAGGCUCCAGACGCGCAGGGUCAGCGGCCAUGGCUCACGGGCCCAGCCGCUCCGCGGCAUGUGGGAUCCUCCCGGACCGGGGCACGAACCCGUGUCCCCUGCAUCGGCAGGUGGACUCCCAACCACUGCGCCACCAGAAUGCUCUUCUGAGUAGCCUCGUGGUUUUAGCCACCUUCGUGACUUUAUGCAAUGCCCAGUGCUAUAUCAUAUCUAAUCAGAACUCUACACCUAAUAAAUGCAAGGAUCUCGAUGGAGUCAUACACCCGCUGAACUCAAAGUAGAAGACCGAGAGCUCUGAGGAGUGUAUUUGUGACCAAGGUGGAAUUAACUGUUGCAACACUGCUGCUGUACCUGUGGAUUAUGACACAAACAAGUGCCAGAUAAUCUUCAACAAGGAGACCUGCACCUAUGCAGUGGUGGAACAGGAGGACCCAGAAAAGACUUGUGCUGUCAGCGGAUGGGUGUUAUAAUGUGCUUCUCAUGGGCCCAGAGCUCCCAGCCUGCGGGGGGCGCCCAGGUUCUCCCAGGCCAGGCGUCAUUCUCCAAUGGCCUCUAAUAGUCUAUGAUUGUGUAACCCCACCUACCAGUCAAAAAUGUUUUGAGCAAACACUUGAAUAUGUGUAUACUUUUAGUUUAUAAAUUAUGUACGCAUUGAUAAUACAUUAUAAAGCAUGUAAACAUUUAAAGGAGACAAAAAUAAAUAUGAAUAAAAGUUAUUUUCCCUCCACUCCCAUAGAUCAUUAUGCGUGCAUGCUGUACUCAGGAGAGCACUGCUGCUUCUCUUGCUUCUGAUAGAUCUGUGCUCUGCUGCCCCAGUGUCCCACUA